CCCCUGCACUCGCUGACUUGACCUGGCACCUCCUCUAAGCUGCUCAUCGUCGGACACGACCCGCUCGAUAUCCUCAUUCUCUUCUUGCUGCCAUGGCCCAUGCUGAUCAUACCCGAGACCCCUGCCCAUGGGUUAUUCUUUCAGACUUCGGGAGUGCAUUUGCUAUGGGUGCCGUUGGUGGUACCAUUUGGCAUGGUAUCAAGGGCGCACGUAAUUCACCAAGAGGCGAUCGCCUCGUUGGUGCAAUGUCAGUGAUCAAAGCAAGAGCCCCUGUUACUGGUGGAAACUUCGGUGUUUGGGGAGGCAUGUUCUCAACAUUUGACUGUGCGGUGAAGGGCUGGCGACAAAAAGAGGACAUGUGGAAUGCUAUCAUUUCUGGUUUCCUCACUGGUGGAUGCUUGGCUGCUCGAAGUGGACCCAGAUCGGCACUAGGAUCAGCUGUUGCUUGCGGUAUUCUGCUGAGUGUAUUCGAAGGCGUCGGUGUCCUCAUUUCUCGUGUAUUCAACGACAGCACAAGACCUCAGCUACCGCCAUGUGCGCCUUGUUCAUUUUGUUUAGUCAUUGCUAAGCUGACGGCAUUCCGCAGUACCGGAAAAUAUUCAACCACAGGGACAUCCUGCAUAACCUAUAGCGAUCUCUUCCGGAUUCUAGAUGUAUUCUUCGCUCUGCACCAUGGCACUCUAAUCUCUACUCAUUCGUUGUACGUGUUGCUUUACACCUUAAUCUUAUGCUUCAUACCAUGCAAGUCGGACUGCCCGGUUACAGAAUGCAAGGUAAUGUUUUGUCCGCGAACUGACAUCUUUCACAAGUUAUUAAACAAACCCGUCAUGCACGUGGAAAAAUAUGACAUGCAAAGGUACCACUGCCAUUCGAUGUUGGUUCUCGGAAAACCUUGUCUUCAGGGUUGCUUUUGCACGGAUCUGUAGGCUGCACUCUGUUUCGGGUUCUCGAUAUGGGAUGCCUGUGGUACGGCCUAUCACAAUUACGCUGGUCGAUUUGUUCUACACAAUGCUCGCGUCGGUCAGACUAGACCGUUAUCUUGGCUCGCGCUGACGCUCAACCGACCGGUUUGGAGAUCAGCUUUUCAACGACAUUGAGAGCACGUUUUUACAUUCACUGGUAGUAUAAAAUUAUGCAUUUGCAAUUCAGCUUCUUCGCCCCCCAAUGCUAUACAGAUCUUCAUGAUAAAUGUCUCUUCAUACUUAGCGUUAUAGGUCAUUCGUCACUUUGGAUACAUUCAGCAGUCGAUUAACAACCCGCAGGAACGGUGGCAUCGUCUUGAUGAUUGGCGGCGUUCACACCCAAACCCCGACUCGCAAAUGCUCGCCAGAGUGUGCAUGAGUUAGCGCCUCCGAAACGGUUGACGUCGGCUUGGAUCCAGGCGUCUCGGGCAGUCAAGACUAAUCGAAAACAGCGUCAUUAGUGAUCUAAGCUCGGCGAUAAAAGCCGUGCACUUACAUGUGGGGUUGCAGGGUUGUAAGGGGAGGGCGUCGAGGAAGAGGUGAAGGAAAACAGUGUUGCCGCCGGUGGUACUAUAAAUGGAUAACACUUCAGAAAGUUGAGCGGGAAAAACAGUGAUACAUCCUCACGUAGGGUCGGUAUGGGCGGUCGCUGAGAAACCGUGCGCGCCAACAAGACCAGCGUAGACGUUGUGCAAAAUAUUAGCCCAGACUUCCCCGAUAUCUGUAUUGCGGAAUCAGCCAUUGCCUUCUCAGGACAGCGCAUGAUAGAUGAUGCUUACCGUGAACCUCUCCGAGGGUCUGUAGACUUGAGUAUCUUAGUGGGUUCGUAGUACUGACCUGAAGUUAACG